AGAUUGAGUUGUGUGUGUGAGAGAACGCCGACGGGAGCGCGCAGCAACGGAGAGAGAAGACCCGUUUGAACGCGAGGAGAGAGAGAGAGAGAGUUUGAGUACGAGUGGGUGUGAGAGAGAGAGAUCGAGAGUGAACGGGAGGAGAGAGAGCGACGACCGUGAGGGUCCGGGUGCCUGAGGGACGGACGACACGGAGAGGGGGAGGUCUGAGGGAGUGCGUUAUCGUCUGACAGACCGAGACAGGUUGAAUGAAGCUGCACCUGGUGCUUCUGAGGGCAUUUCCCAUGUUUUGAUUUGCUCUGUUUUUUUAACUUUCUAAACUUGGUUUCACCGAGCUGUUCCCUGCCAUGCCGUCCAACAGUCCUGCUACUGGUGAACCACCCCAGACGCCAGAGAACGACACUUCUAACGAUGUGAGUGAAGAUGGUGCAGACCAGGACAGUCCAGAGGAGGGGACACCGGCGAGCCCCCGCAACAAGCGCAGAGUGGGUCGUCCCAGCAGGAAACGCAAACAGCUGCUUCCUGAGAUGGCAACCUCUGACCCCUGUGCAAACGCCCCCCCAACUCCGCCUGAGGAGCCGGCGCCUUCACCCUCCCCUCGCAAGAAGCGCGGGCGUCGGAAACAAGAGCCAGCGGAGAGGAAUAAGGACGAGCCAGAUGACAGAAACUGCGACUCCCCCAGAGAGGGAGAGACUGGGAGGCUGCGGAGAAGGCCAGUCCCCAGAGUAACUUUUCAGGCUGGAGAUCCAUACUAUAUCAGCAGGAGACAGAGAGAAGAAUGGCUCAGCCGCUGGAAGAUGGAGGCAGAGCGACGGGCCUACCGAGAGGCAGAGAUAAACAUGAUGGAUGACCUCUCAGAAGCUGACUUUCAGAAAGAGGAGGAGCCCGCCAGCCCUGCCCCUCCCCCUUCACAACAACACACAGACCCUGCCUCUCCGACGGUCGCCGUGACACCCGAGCCGGUCGCCAGGGGAGAACAGGCCACGCCCAGUGAGAUUGAAUACCAGGUCUGUGUGGAGAAGUUGAUGCCCCUGAGCGCUUUCUCAUCUGCCUUCCACCAGCCAACCUACAACAAACAGUCCAUGUACCGGAAAGCCAUCUUCGAGGCUCUGCGGGUGGCCAGCGUCCGAGCGGGGAGGCCAGUUCCUUCCUGUGAUGGCAGUGAUGAUGCAGAGGGGGUGGAUCUUCAGACCAGAGAGAUGAUAGAGUGGGCCAUGACCGGUUUCCUGCCCGCUGGUCCACAAUCAUUGGACCCUCCAGAGGAGGAACAAAAUCCAUAUAAGGAAGUGUACCCAGAGAUGUGGGGGGAGCCUGAGGCUGCGUACACGCCUCCACCUGCAAAGAAACCACGCAAAAACACGCAAGAAAAAGCAAAGAUCAGAGAGGUGAUCGACGAAGGGACCAGAGAGAGACUUAUAUUUGAGAUCAAAAAGAAGACCAGGAAUAUAGAAGAUAUCUGCAUCUCCUGUGGAAGCCUCAAUGUCUCCCUGGAGCAUCCUCUGUUUGUAGGAGCAAUGUGCCAGGGCUGCAAGAACUCGUUCCUGGAGUGCGCCUACCAGUAUGACGAUGAUGGCUACCAGUCCUACUGCACCAUCUGCUGUGGAGGCAGGGAAGUGCUCAUGUGUGGCAACAACAACUGCUGUAGGUGUUUCUGUGUGGAAUGCGUGGAUCUCCUGGUCGGGGCUGGCUCGGCAGCGGCAGCCAUCAAAGAAGACCCCUGGAACUGCUACAUGUGUGGACCCCGCAACACCUACGGCCUACUGCGACGGCGGGAUGACUGGCCCUGCAGACUACAGCAUUUCUUUGCCAACAACCACGAGCAGGAAUUUGAGCCGGCAAAGUUGUAUCCCCCAGUUGCAGCAGAGAAGAGGCAACCAAUCAGAGUCCUCUCUUUAUUCGAUGGCAUUGCCACAGGUCUUCUGGUGCUGAAAGAUUUGGGCAUCCAGGUCGAAAAGUAUGUUGCAUCAGAAGUGUGUGAAGACUCCAUCACUGUCGGCAUGGUUCGACACGAGGGACGCAUCAUGUACGUGGGAGACGUACGCACCGUAACUCGCAAACAUAUCGAUAAAUGGGGACCAUUUGACCUGGUGAUAGGAGGAAGCCCCUGCAACGACCUUUCCAUAGUCAACCCUGCAAGGAAAGGACUUUAUGAGGGGACCGGCCGGUUGUUUUUUGAGUUUUACCGUCUGCUGCAUGAGGCGCGGCCAAAACCCGGCGACGAGAGGCCGUUCUUCUGGCUGUUUGAGAAUGUGGUCGCUAUGGGAGUCAGCGACAAACGGGACAUCUCCCGCUUUCUAGAGUGUAACCCAGUGAUGAUCGACGCCAAGGAGGUUUCUGCUGCCCACCGCGCUCGCUAUUUCUGGGGAAACCUGCCCGGCAUGUCCAGGCCAUUGACACCGAUGGCAAACGACAAGCUGGACCUACAGGAGUGCCUGGAGCAUGGCCGCACAGCCAAGGGGAAAGACGAGCAUUUCCCCGUCUACAUGGACAACAAGGAGGACAUACUGUGGUGCACCGAGAUGGAAAGGGUGUUUGGUUUCCCCGUCCACUACACCGACGUGUCCAACAUGAGUCGUCUGGCCAGACAAAGGCUUCUGGGACGUUCGUGGAGCGUCCCUGUCAUCAGGCACCUUUUUGCUCCUCUAAAGGAGUACUUUGCCUGCAACUAGUCACACACACCAACUCCCUCCCACGUACAGACACACACAUAUAAACAGAAACAGACACUGAUAACCAUACACAGUGUACAGUCAGUACAUGAAGGUUGGCUGACGCAAAAUGAAACAGAUGACCGGACAUAGACACACAAACACUCACAUACACACUCUGUAAAGGACUGCUUCCUGAGAUCCCUUGUAGACCACUGGCUGACCUUAGUCCCCUGGUGCUACCGUGCUACCACACACACAUACACAUACACACACACACACACAGGUACAGUUUUCUGUCAUACACAAACUUCCUGUCCGACCUUGAAACUGAUGUCUUUUGGCUUUACUGUGUCGUAUCAGCUGGAGUUCAAACCUCCAGGGGGCGCUAAACUAACACAGAUGCCCUGCCUUUUUUCUGUCUUUAAGAUCUCUCUGAAUACGUACAAACAGACCAAUGAGUCCCGCAACACUUUACUGUAUUCAUGUGUUGUGAAAACAGAAACACACACAAACACACAUAACAGUCGUGGUGCUGGUCAGGCAGUGAUACAAUCUAAAUGGUGCCACUUUAAUACAACACUUUUACAGAUUUUGGUGCUCUUGGAGACUGAAUGGUCUCUGCUUGUUUCAGUCGCUGCAGUUUUGAGUUCAAAUAGACGAGCAGGUGGAGGCAACAGCAGGCAAAACAGGUAGCUGUGAGGUUUAAGGAUUGAAUGAGGAUGCAGGAGAGUGUCCAAAAGGAAGAUAACCCAGCUUAGAUUUCUUGAUGCAUGCUCCAGGUAAGGAAAUUCCAAAAAGUUGAUUCUGGACGUAGCGCUUUCAAUGGGAGGAACGUUUCGCUCGAACGAACAGUGGAAGUGGAAGAACAUUGUACCAAAAAGGCUUCAGUAAAGCUGGGAAGACACCUAAAGGAAGCUCCAGGCGAUCCUGGAGAGAAGAACAACUGCUACCUAAGCAAAAAUGUUUAUUGAUCUUUUUUUUUUCAGGAGUAAUAGAACAGCUGAGACGUAUUUUCUGUAAACACCACGUCUCGGUAGCUUUCAAACCCUAAAACACCCUGCGCCAAAAAUUGCUCCCCCCAAAGGAUCAGGUCCCCCAGCACAAACAGAGUAAUAUGGUGCACGCUGUUAAGUGCCAGAAGGAUUGCCAUGAUUCAUACAUUGGGGAAACCAAACAACCUCUGGCUAAGCGGAUGGCAUCUCUGAAUUGAGGAGGAGGCCUAAGAGUUCAUCUUUUCACUUUCAUGCUGUGAUUGCAGUCAUUCCCCAACUCUCUGUGAAUGGUAUGGCAAUUUGCAUGUUUAUGAUCAUGAAGCUGACCUCACAGUCCAUUGUUACUCACUGGUGCUAGUUUUAGUCAUUAUGCAAAGGUCCUGUUUAUAAGGUUGGGGAAACCUGCAGUCAGGUGAGACUGAAGAAGUCAUUGAAAAUGCUACGUCCAGAUGAACAGAAUCAAUCUUUUGGGACCAGCUCAGAUUAAUAUAUAGAGAAUUUUUUUUAGUGUGACUACAGCUUAAUAAGACUAUAACCUUUAAAUGUUUCUUAAAGGAGGAGGAUGCUCUUGUGCUACAAAUAAUCCUUGCAGGUGAAUUUAUACCUCAGUGCAAAAAAAAAAAAAAGAGAGAGAUCCACUUUUAUCUAAAGCAAUAUGAAAUAAUAAAAUACAACAGAAUUUUAUUGGGAUGCAGCUGUGGUUUGAGGAGUUUAUUUUACUUGUUAAUGUUUGAUUUUUGUAUUUUUCAGUAGUUUCUUGUGUCUCCAGGGUGGACUUACUAUUAUCACUUUAGUUUCAGUGUUAGUUUUACUUCUCCUUAUUAUGAAAUGUAUGGUAGUUUUUAUCGGGAUGGAAUAAUACAAUACAACAAAACAAACACAGAGAUGAAGACAUCCUGGUGUCCUCAUCCUGGUUGACAAAUUGACUAAAACCGAAGACAGUUGCUGUAUAGUUUAAUAUUUUAUAUAGUUUUGUAAGUGUUUUGGUUAGUUUUCUUUUUAUUUCAGUGAACUAAUUUGUGGUUUAGUUUCAGUUAACUUUAACAGCCUUAUUGUAAGAUCAAAAUGCUGACAUAUAUAAAAGCAAAAAACCCUCUGAAUGUAAACAAAAGUUAUGAAAUUUAAAAUUAGUACAGUAGAAACAUCCUUGCUGCUGUCUGCAUCCCCAGUGUUUAGAGUGCCCUCUAGUGGGAGAUAACCAUGUUAGGGUAAAACAUACUUCAUACUGCGAAUGUACUCUAUACACCGUAUAUCCUCACAACAAGCAAACCAUCUCUGUACUGUACUGAUUACUUCCUGGUGGUUUUCAGACACUAGGUUCACGAAUGCUUUUAAUAAUGAAAAUAUUUCCUCGUGUUUCACUUACGCUGGGAUGACAACUGUUAAAUGACUUUGGUGCUCAUUUUAAAUUUAAUAUUACUCUGAUGUCACUCAGCUGAUGAUUAUCAGGAACAAGUAGAUGUCAUCAUAUUAUACCAAAGUUUGCCUCGUUAAGAUUCAUUGGUUAAGAGUGUCAUUGGACGUUCAUUGGAUGUUAGGUUGAUAGAUUUGAAGUUAAAUUCAAGUAAUCUCAAAUUUAACUUGAUUAUCUUUUGACUUCCCUCUAUUUCUUCAAGGUAUUGUUUAGGGCUAAUGGGAAAUUUCUGUAAAAUGAUAUGCUAACAACUCUCCAGCAUCAUAAAUUCCAAACAUUAAGUAUUGUGCAAAAUAAUUUAGUGUUUGAGUGGAUUUGAGAUUAUGAAAUGCAAAUAUAUUUAUUGUUUAGGACUUGGCACAGUGUCCUCCAAAUGUGGACUAACUGCAGUAACUCCAAUGCUUUUGUUGUCUGUUUUUGAACUGGCAUAUGAACAUAAGAUCCAAAUAAUGCCAAGAUACCAAAGUAGUUUCAUUCUAUUCAUAUUUUAUUUUUUAUAUGUACAGUGAACUCAAAUGUAUACUAACAGUAUUCUGAGUUUCAUAUGAAAAUCUCACCUCAAAAUAGAAGUGAACAGUUUUAAUCAAACUUUUUUUUCUUUAAAUUCACAUCAACUUAACAGAAGAGGGUCUAGAUCAGCUGAUUUUGGCAAUUCCUUAAAUGUGUUAGAGAGAAAUCAGCCGUUGGUGAAGUAGGACCAUGUAAUACCACUUUGUACCACAAGAUAGCACAUCAGGUUUAUGUAUUCUUACUUAGGCUGGCAGUCUGGCAAAUGAAAUGAGUAAAUGAAUGAAAGGCUUCUUGAGGAAUAAAAGCAAAUAUCAGAGGGUAAAAACAGAAACGGCAGCAUGAAUCUCAAACCAUAUCAACAGAGUCACAUGGAAAACACUGCCCCCUGAUGGUGAAGGAUUUAGUUAAAAGCUGCAAGCAGCUGCAAAAAGUACCUUUAAAGAGAAAGCCCCUCGAGGCAUUUAUUUGGACAGUUUUGAAAUACUAUCUAAAUUAGCUUUGAUUUCAAAGGUCACUGGGACAUAAGAAACAGAAAUAAGAAAAAGAAAUAAGGUAUUUUCCCCUGGAAGUUAAACUUCUAUCAACAUAGCAAAAUUCCCAGGAUGUCUGUGUCUCUGUUUAAGUGCUUUCAAUCUCCAACUCCAACCAUAGGGAAUAUAAAGGACAGGAUUUUAUCCAUCAACUUUAAAUAACCAGUAGUCUUUUCUUGCAUUGCCCCCUGCUGGUCAUUCAAAAAAGAAAAUCGAGGUUUAAGGCACUUCUGUCUUUUACAGAAUGAGGUUAAACUCAUUCUGCAGGAUUAUUUCUGCCUGCAGAGCACCAUCGCCUCCGAGAAGCAUUAACCUAAAACAUUGGUGGUUAGAAGUAGAAGACAUUCAGCAUCCUCUUCUCAGCAGCAUUUUACGCUCCCUCCUCUUACAAUGCAGCUUCUUUCUGUGCCUCAGCUCCACUGUCAGUUAAGUGACUAGUCUGCCAUCCCCCUGGCACUCGUUCUCCCCCUGUGUUUCACAGGGAUCCAAAACGUCCUACAGUCACCGUUCUGCAUCGGCGUCGGCUGAAAGCAGAGGCCGACUUUACUCUGUGGACAAUAUGCUGGCUUUCUACUUCCUGUGACUGAAACAGAUAGCCCUGUAUAAAUAAAAAGAAGCUUCCUUAUGUAACACAGGUUCAGCUGUGUGAGCCUUCUUGGGUGUUUCAUCUGCCUUUCACCCAAUGCAUGCUGGGAUGAACUCAGCUGCUCUGUGAAGAGGAAAUGUCAUCCAGUGUGGUGGCUGUAUUUAUUACACACACACACACACACACACACACUAUGAGAAACAAGUUCAUAUGUAUGUUUUAUUUAGACAGGGCUGCCUUUAGAGAAAACACUUCAGUCUGGUGCUUUUGGUCCUCGGAUGACCAUCUUUUCCAGGAAGCCUUCCGAUCCUCAGACCUUCCUCAGAUACCAGCUAACAACUGGACACAUGCAGUCUAUGCCGUCUCACACACACAAACACACACACACAGACCUUCACACAAACAUGCACAACCUCUCAUAGCCACAGUAAGCCAGCAGGUUCAAAGAUUUUGUUCCAUCGUGUUUACUAUCCGUUUCUACAACCAACCUUCAGGUGCUUUUUAAACUCUGCUCUUUUUUACAGUGCUCUUCCUGCAGGUCUCACACACACUCACACACUCAUUUGCUGGAAACAACCUUCACGCUUUUCCUUUCGCUACAGAACACCCAACACCGCUACACUCACACAUGCAUACACACUGUGUUCUUGCCGGCCGCCUGUCCGCCAUCAGGCUUUCCGCAGCGCUGCUGGCUGUGACAUCAUCAUGGCCCCACGACGCUUGGUGCUCCCAAAUCUUGCCCACCCUUACCCUAAUCCCUCCCUCACUCCAAUAACCCCACCUCGCCCUGCCCUGCCCCUCCCCAGGUGCUGCAUGUCAGUCAGUCAGUGUAAUCUCCGAUUCCAUGUUAGAUUAGGGAGUAACGAUAAUAAUAAUAUGGUAAUAAUAAUUACAGUAAUAAUCUGUUAUUGUGUGUGUGUACUGUUCCAGGUUGGUGCUCAGUUCAGUUCAGUCUCAGCCUAGAGUGGAGAGAGAGAGGCUAGAGAAAGCAUAUAUUACAGUUAGUAUAGUGACUUGUUCUAUUUUAAAUCGUUGAAGCUAUGAGCCGCACGAUGCUCUCAAACAGAGACGGGUUGAGUUAAAGCUGUCUGUAAAAGCUGAAUUUCCACUGGCAUAAGGCGGUUCCCAGUCUGGAGGUCCUGAGACUUAAGAAACGUAUUAAUAAAAUACAUGAGCUUCACAGAAUCUUAUCAUUUCAGAUUUAUUUAAGGCCAUGUGCAGAUCUGAUCCAUGCCAAAACAUUUAAAUCAAAUUUAAUAACUUAGUUCCUAAAGUUUUGGUCAUCCUCUGAACCAGAAAUCUGAGCUUCUUCAGAAGCUGUUAAACAGUUAAAUAACUUCACAACUUUUAGAUGGGGAUAUUUAUAUCUAGAUGUAUAUACACGCCAAAGUAGCCAUAAUAUUAAAGUACCUGCCUAAUAUUGUAUAGUCCCCCCUCAAUCUGGGAAGUUUAGAGGCCACAUCCAAACAUCAGGCUUGUUGUUGCGUUCCUCGAGCCAUAUUUGUGGUGUGCUGAGGGAGACCACCGCCAUUGGGGAGUGCCCUUGCCAUAAAAUGUGUGAGCUUGACAUGUAAGCCAUUGCUGGGUGGGCGUUUUGUGACAAAGUGGCACCUGACUGAACGCCAGGAUCCAAAUUUCUCAGCAGAGCAUCGCAUUAAAAGCGUGGUCACUCACUGCAGCUCCCAGUGGUUUAAGUCUUGGGGCUCACCGGCGUUUGUUAUAUUUGCUCUGGAGGCUGCUGGUUCAGCACAGGCAUGACGAUUUUCAGCCUGUUUACAGUUUCCAGCAGUUUAUUUUCCUUUUCUCCAACACGUCUCUGUGUGAGAGCUCCAUGAGGGGAAAAAGUGUGAGGGAAAGGAGCUGACGUUUUUAAGUGAUGGGUGAUACGGUGAUGAUGUUUCUGUUCGCCUAUCGACAGCUUUUAGGCUGAGUGAUGCGCUGUUUUAAACACUGAUACACUUUCAAACACACACAUACAUACACAGACAAACACACACUGUUAUGACACAGAGCAACCGACGCUCACACGCAGAGAUACAUGCACAACACCUACAAAUACAAUGCUGUGGCGCAUGCAGACACUCAUCUCAUGGACUAAAUGUAAGAUGAGCUUUUAGGAAAAGGAGGACCUGUUGGUGUUUCAAAAGGUGCUAAAAUUUUAUCUGAAAACAAGAAAAAUUUAUUGUUAGGAGUAUAAAUCAAGUUUGUCUUUACAUUUACUGUAUUUAUGUUUGCGGUAGUGAAGAAAGGCACUAUUAUUAUUUUACUCUUGUAUGAAUAUGAACUAAUUAAAAAGGCAUUUUAACUUUGUACUUGAACAGUGUAAGAAAUGAACCGUGAAUAAACAAGAACUGUUUAUUGUGA